CAGGAGAAGAGAGUGCAAGUCUCUCCACCUUUAACACGAGGACCAAGUGCCUUUAUACCAGAGAACGAAGUUAUGCAAGCAAAUGGUUUGGAUGAACGUACGAAUCUACUUGUGGAAGAAUACUCUACAUCUGGUCGCCUGGACAACAUCACCCAGGUCAUGAGUAUUCACACUCAGUACCUGGAGUCUUUCCUCCGCAGCCAGUUCUAUAUGUUGCGCAUGGAUGGGCCCCUUCCACUGCCCUAUAGGCACUACAUUGCUAUAAUGGCUGCUGCCAGACAUCAGUGUUCCUACCUAAUAAAUAUGCACGUUGAUGAGUUUUUGAAGACUGGAGGAAUUGCAGAAUGGCUGAACGGUUUAGAAUACAUUCCACAAAGACUGAAAAAUCUAAAUGAGAUAAACAAACUCCUUGCACACCGACCCUGGCUAAUCACAAAAGAGCACAUUCAGAAACUUGUCAAGACUGGGGAAAAUAAUUGGUCUCUUCCUGAAUUGGUGCACGCUGUUGUCCUGUUGGCACAUUAUCAUGCCCUGGCAAGUUUUGUAUUUGGUAGUGGCAUUAAUCCAGAGAGAGAUCCGGAUACGUCUAAUGGAGUCAGACUUAUAGCCGUCAACAACUUCUGUGUCUGUGAUCUUGCCAAUGACAACAACAUAGAAAAUGCAUCCCUCACAAGUAGCAACUUUGGGAUUGCAGAUUCUUUAAGUGAGCUGGAGGCCUUAAUGGAAAGGAUGAAGAGGCUACAAGAAGAUAAAGAGGAUGAAGAAGCCUCUCAAGAAGAAAUGGCAACUCGCUUUGAAAAUGAAAAGAAGGAGAGUCUGCUAGUAAUUAGUGGAGCAUUUGAUGAUGAGAUAGUUUCUACAGAUGUCUCCCGCUACAUUGAAGAUCCUGGGUUUGGGUACAAAGACUUUGCAAGGCGAGGAGAAGAGCAUCUGCCAACAUUCAGAGCUCAGGACUAUACUUGGGAAAAUCAUGGCUUUUCCCUUGUAAACAGGCUUUAUUCUGACAUUGGGCAUCUCCUGGAUGAGAAGUUUCGGAUGGUCUAUAACCUCACGUAUAACACUAUGGCAACACAUGAAGAUGUUGAUACAACUAUGCUAAGAAGAGCUUUAUUUAACUAUGUCCACUGUAUGUACGGAAUCAGGUAUGAUGACUAUGACUAUGGAGAAGUUAAUCAGUUACUUGAACGCAGCCUGAAGGUUUACAUAAAGACAGUGACCUGCUACCCAGAGAGAACCACCAAGCGCAUGUACGAUAGUUACUGGCGUCAGUUCAAGCACUCGGAGAAGGUUCACGUAAAUCUCCUUCUAAUGGAAGCUCGUAUGCAGGCAGAACUCCUGUACGCCCUCCGUGCCAUAACUCGUCACUUAACCUGAAGCACCCGCUGGGAGGGAGUAAAGGAAUUUUUACUGAGUAUGUAAAGACCUUUUGAAAUAGAUACACGCCAGAAGUUGUUUGUGAUGUAGCAUCAGGUUAUUCAAUUCUCUAGUGUCAAAGUUUAGCCGUGCUUCCCGACGGCUGUAAUGUGCAAUGACGUGUUUUAUUUUCUUGAUGCUUAACAUUACUAAUGAUAACAAAAAUUACACUGAGGAGCACUACUCUGCAUUGUUUCCGGUUGGAUUUCUGCACAAUGGUCAGAAUCCUAAAACUGUUUUUAUUUUACUCAAUUCUAGCGCUUUGUCCUUUAAGCACUGGAAUAAAGUGCUUAGAGACUUAUUUUCCAAGCAAUCAUUUUUCAGGUUAAUGGAAUCCAGCAGAAGAUCUGGUUUUGAAUGUUCUGAGAACUUUCCACUGAGUCAUAACUCUGACAGAGAUGCAUGUGCUGUGUUAAAUCGAACUGCCCACUGGAUUCAUCUGUGUCUCCUGGAGGCUGCGUGCUAGUCACUGUCUUACUACAGCAAUUGAAGGUGAUGUGAAAUGUGGAUGCAAGCAUUGACCACACUUUAAUGUGAAAUUAAUCAUGAUAAAUUCUACGGCAUGCUACUGAAGUACAAAACUCGUCUGUUUUGUCUCUUCCCAAGAGAAGAGGCUCCACAAUUUGUCAUUUCAGCUAAACCUACUGUUUUUUGAUCAUGCAUAAUCUUGUUUUACUGACAGUCACCCUCAGUUGUCCUUACAACAUCCAUGCUCAUCACAUGUUGCAAUUUGUUUAGUUGGCACCUGUCAAGAUAAUACUCAGACUGACCAAAAAUAGGGUUGUGGGUUUUUUGCACUCUCUUCUUUCUCAAUGUUUUAACUAAGGAAAGUAAAGGAAGGCUAGCAUAUCUGUUCCUUCAUAUUGGAUGUAUAGAAAUCUAUUUCCCAUAACUUUUUCAUAGCAUGAAAUUUAAUAUUCAAAGUAUAAAAAGUUUCUAUGCAUUAGUGUGAGUGAACAAAUGAAAAGUGCAAUAUUUAAAAAGAAGCAAGCUUUUUUUCCCUGUCAUGUCACUGCUAAAGUGUCCUUCUUAUAUAGCCAUAAAGAAAUUUUGAAACCAAAUUUCUUUAUUGUCUAAGGCCUAGCAGUUUUGGUUUUAUCUUUUGUGGCUUAAGACAACCUGAUACUGAGAUGCCAAAGCAUCCCCAAAAUAAAUCAUUCUUGAACAGCUGAUAAUAUUGGGGAAGGGAAGAAAUAAGCUGCCAAAAAUGUCACAGUUUUGUGCUGUUUUCUGUUGCUUCUGACAAAUUCGUAAGAGCACAAAAUGUUGAUAUUUAUAGCUUUAUUUUGUAUUGCAUUUAAUGAACCAGUGAAGUGCCUAAAGAGAUGCUUAAACUUACCCAAUAGAGAAUGCAAGUUGUCACUGCUUAAACUUUUGUCUGUUGGUUUGGGCUUUUCGUUUUACUUCGAGAAGGGUGACCGUUCUUUCUGUCACAUACAUUCAAAACUAGCACAAUAGAUUUAUUUUUAAUGUUUUAUUGAAUUAUAGAAG